AUGGCACCGGCCAAGUUUGUCCUACGUGCUCCUUUAGAACCCAAUGAGGAUUCGUGGGUGUUUGAGUUACCUUCUCCCUUGCCGGCACCCCGCCGCGGGCAAGGAAAAUUGCUUCAGUUCUCGCCCGAAGGCUUGGUGCUGACAAUGGACCAGUUCUCAAGUAACAGAGUUUUGCACCAGGACGAUCCUGAUCAAUACAUACUGGCUUCGUUUGCUGGAUUACGAUUCAAAGAUAACCCUCCCUCGGCUGCCGCAAAUUAUAUCCAGCGUGCGCUCACAAAAGGCCUGUUUAUCAACGGACAGCAAUACAGAUUCUACCAUCAUAGUAAUAGUCAACUGCGUAGUCGGUCAUGCUGGUUGAGAGCCGCAAGUAGUGAUGAAGAGCUUGAUAGGAGGAUUGAAAAGCUCUGUGAUGUAUCAAAAAUCAACAAUAUAGCAAAAAGAGCAAAACGGAUUGGUUUGCUAUUCUCCGGCGCAGAGAUCGAUUGGGAUCUCAACCCAGCCUUGACCAAAGAUAUCCCCGAUAUUACUAUAGCGGAAGAAUUAUUCUCAGAUGGGUGUGGAUUGAUAUCCAGGAGGUUUAUGCAGCUUUUAGCAAAGAAAAAGAAGAUCGUCCAUCGCGGAUAUCGGUACACACCAUCAGUCAUCCAAAUCAGGUAUCGCGGUUAUAAAGGCGUCUUGGCUAUCCAUCCUCAACUUGACCAAGCCGCUCAGCACCACGUACAUUUCCGGGACUCCAUGCGAAAGCUUAAAACAGGCGCCGAUAACACAUUUUCGGUUGUGGACUAUUCCAAACCCUACCAGUUUGCUCGUUUAAACAACGAUAUAAUUGUUUUGCUUUCAGCACUAGGUAUCACAAACGAGAUGCUUAAAACCAAGCAGGACGCAUAUUUCAAGUGGAUUGAAUCCGCCAACAAGGACAUGAAGCGAGUUUUUAUGGAUGGCUUGGACGAGGAACAGGUACAAGCCCAGAUUAGGAAUGCUCAAGUUGAGGAGGUCAACGCAUUCCAAAAACCAGAGACAGGGAAGGAUCGGUCACGAAUAUUUCUACUCCAAUCUCGCUUCUUGUUUGGAGUAUGUGAUCCUUAUGGGCUGUUGGAGGAAGGAGAAGUACAUGUUCGCAUUAUGGAACCACGCAAGGGUGCAACUACUCUAUCUAAUAUUGACCUGAUGGUUGUUCGAAAUCCCUGUUUACAUCCUGGAGAUAUCCUUAAACUAAGGGCAGUGCACCAUACAGGGUUGGAUCACCUAGUGGAUUGCAUUGUAUUUAGCGGAAAAGGAAAAAGAGCUGCCCCAGCUAUGAGUUCUGGGGGCGACUUAGAUGGCGAUCGUUUUACUGUGGUGUGGGAUCCGGAUAUAGUUCCCAGAACUAUUGCUCAGUCGUAUGACUACCCAGCGGCCAAAACUCAAGUCAAUUUGCGUAUCACUCGUAAAGAUUUAGCAACCCAUUUCGCCAAUUAUAAUAGUAUGGACCUUGGACGUGUAGCAUCUUUACAUAAUAAAUGGGCUCGAACGCUCAAAGGGGCUAUGAGUCCCGAGUGUCAAGAGCUCAAUGCCCUUCACUCUCAGAGUGUCGAUGGUGCUCGAAUUAGGAUACCCGAAAGACUUAUUAAACCUCCUGAGGUUACGGAUCCGUUUGUUCUUGACGUUUUGAUCACCGAAGCCCAUAUUUUUUCAAAGCGUUUUCUUACCACAGAGGCGGUACACUUCGAUAAGCUGGAGUACAUAACUGCUGGAGAUACCCUGAAGACUAUUAUGUCGUUGGACGGCUCCGCGUUUCCAACUUUAACGGAGAACGAGAUUGUUCAGUUAUGCCGACGUUUCGCAAGAAGGAAUAUGAUAGACUUUAGGGAUUAUUUGUAUCAUGUGGAUUUCAGCGCUCUGUCGGCGAACGAGAAGUAUGCUCUAUGUAGCGCUCUCGAUUUAAACCCAGAAUCGCACCCGUUUAUUUGGAAUAGCUUGCUGAGAUCAGACGUUGUUCCCGGGUUUGUGUUGGCAGAACAGAACUUAGAUGGCCCUUUGCCACUGCAAAGGCUGUACUCAUCGAAAAUCCAGGGGCGUCAGGCAUUCUUCGAGUAUCUGAAACGCGCCACAACCGACUUCAUGAGAAAACUCAUUAUUAUCAAGACGGAUGACCGAUUCGGUGUAGGCGUUUUCAUUCGCGGCCGGCAUUCAUGGGACGAAGAUUGUAAGGUUAACCAAGACGUACUUGUUCAUGCAUUUCAGCCCUCAGUUGCAACCGGCGGCCAGCUUGCUAAGCCAACCAAGAAUGGGUAUAUGAUAUACGCUACAGACGGAAUCUUCCAGCUUUUCGAGAGACACCGAGCCAAUACCUUUAUAUUUCUUAAAUCCGCCACUGAAUAUUCAAGAAAAGAUGUAAAUGCCAGUAUUGCAUUGCAAAAAAUUAGUGAAAAUGUUAGGAUAGGCGUAAUCCGAGGAACGCAAGUAGAAACCCUCGAAAUACAUGUCAUCUCAAACAGAGACAAGGUCGCUCAAGAGUUCUUUGAUCUUAGAUUUUCCCACGUACAAACUGAAAAUGUCCUGCCACGAUUUGAACGUGAAAUCAAAACUUAUGUACCAAAGUCGGUCAAAGACUUAAGGGUUUCACGGGAGUCAUCGGAAGACUUAAACACGUCGUGGGCCAAAGAGCAAAUAAAAGAACUAUUUUCGUUGGAGCCUCUUGACUUCUUGGAAGAGAUUAAGGCUAUUGAAGACAUCAAAUUAGAGGACCUCUUGCAGCUUGCUUGGACACAUAACGCCCAUGAUUAUGCAUUCUAUGUCUUCGAAGUUAUGGCGUCUCGAGCUCCAGAGGAUCCAAGUAAAUUAGGGAGCCUGCAGCACUGGCUUGGAGUUGACCCUGCCAUGGUAUAUGCGUUACUAAAGGUGUACAUGAAGCAAGAGGGGGACUCGAACGUUCUGCGGGAACUAGAUGAAGUGAUUGUGAAGAGUAUUGUUUCUUCUGCGAACACCUACUCCAUAUCGGCACCUAUGACCAUCGAACGGCUUCGUCAUGCGGUCAACGCGCUUACUUUCAGGGAAUUCAGCGAGAUAAUGUGGCUAACUGCCUGUUCGGUUCGCUCCCUUGUCCUGGCUGCAGAUAUUCUCGCCACUCUUACAGAAGUCCGCACUGCGGUCUCUUCCCAAUCGCCAUCACUCGAAUAUGCACACCGGCACCUUUGGGCGGUAUGUCUUGACCGUGUAGAAGACGCCAACUCAGAGUGUCCUUGCGAUGAUACUGGGAGACCGCGCCGCCAGAGACAAGCCCCUGCAAAAGUGCCGCUCAAAUCCACCGGAGAGGAACGCGUAGUCGAUGCUCAAGUUCGACCCGAGAGUGGAACAGACCCACGAGGCCGCCCUAUUAUGGACGGGGUUGUCUCGGGAAUUCGUAAAGGGGAGCUGCGUAUUCACCUGUUUCAUACAGCUCCUGUCGAUUUUGGUAACAUUGAAUGGUACUUGUACCCGGCUGGAGAUAUAGUCACAUCGCGGGCCAUGUUGGACUCUGUUGUCAAGCUCCAAAUGCACCCCAACUAUUCGACGGCGCUACACCACCUCAUCACUGGCGAAGAAACCAUUUAUUCCGCCGAUCCAGCGAGCUCGGAUGAGUCGGAAGUGGAAUUAGAGAGUGGCGACGAAGCAAAAGGCACUCCAGAAGAACCCCAGAAGGAUUGGUCGAUAGACGAUACAGGUAUCAAUUGGGACCGUUUCAAUGAAAGUCAGAAAUCGGCAAUACUUUCGGUUAGCUACCCAUUAUCCUUGGUAUGGGGUCCACCUGGAACGGGAAAGACUACUGUCGUGGUGACAAUGCUACGGUUGCUGCUGCGUAGUAUGCCACCUGGCUCAAGAAUCCUUAUGACAGCAUCAACACAUAAUGCGGUCGACAAUGUACUGGGCCGGUUCAUUAAGGAAAACGAACAACAUAGCCUGAUUGCAAAAGAUCAACUACUCCGAGUCGCGACCGACAUUAAUAAGGUCCACCCAUCACUUCGUACAUAUACCAUGGAUGCGGCUAUAGGAGGCAGUAUGGUUGAUAAUCGAAACCUCAUCAAAAAGGCAGAAAAACGAGUUCGAGAUUCAACGAUCGUAUUCACUACUUGUGCCGGAGCAGGAUUAGGAGUACUGCGCCGGUUCAAGUUCCAGGUUGUCCUGAUCGAUGAAGCGUCUCAGAUAACGGAAGCGGCAGCCCUGAUCCCAAUAACAAAAGGGUGCCAAAAGGCUGUUCUAGUUGGGGAUCACGUACAACUUAGGCCAACCGUUAGACCGCAAGCCAAGGCACUAGACUACGAUGUAUCACUGUUGGAACGUCUUUAUACAGGGCCAGAACGGAUGGGAAUGUCCCGCAUCAUGCUUGAUACUCAAUACCGAUUUCCUGCUGCACUCGCUCGAUUCCCCUCUAAAGAGUUCUAUAACUCGAGCCUUAGGACAGGGGUUCCCGAUGACGGAUUUGCUGAGAAGUUCGAACAGCUUGCUCAAACAGCUUUCCCUUGGCCGCGCGAGACGGAGCGAGGCCCUAAUUCGUUGAAUACCAACGUAUUUGUCUCCUGCAAGAGUGAGGAGUCCUAUGGACGUUCGUCAAAAGAGAACAUUGGUCAGGCAGAAGUUGUCGUACGGACCCUAAAACUAUUACGAACAAGGCGCGAUGCGACUGACGAAUCUACCCCUCCUCCUGCCUUGACCAUUGCGAUCUUAUCACCUUAUUCACGUCAGGUCAAGCUUCUAAAAGGGAUGCUAGAUAAGGAUUCCACUCUUUCGAAAAACACUGAGGUACACAGCAUCGACGGGUUCCAGGGCCGGGAGGCGGAGAUAAUUAUAUUCACAACAGUGCGUAGCAAUCCCAGCGGGGACAUUGGGUUCCUCGAAGACGAACGUCGGCUUAACGUCGCAUUGACGCGAGCCCAACUGGGUCGGAUUAUCAUUGGGAACGAAGAUACGCUAGGCUAUGCCCAUAGCAGAGAGCAAGGAGAUGCAGACACGUCUACUCGGCGCCCUCGCCAGAGCAUUCCGUACCCGGGAACUGGCCCAACGACACCGCUCGCCAAGUACAGUGAACGCCGACCUGAUCUGUAUUCGCUCAGCGCCACCCAUGCAUUCGAUUGGGAGGCUGCAAAAGGAAACAGACCACCUCCGUUUACCUCUGCCUUGGGAAGUGGAGCCCCCGACAGCUUGAGAAAAAAGUUGGCACGAGCGGCUGCUGAUGAUGAUGGAAUGAGCGGUACCGUAACAUCGCCAACCAAGGCAGCAAGGAAGCGGGUUGUCAGGAAGAAGUCGUGGCGGCAGAGAAUCUCAGAAGUACCCUCCGCUGUUAACGAGUGGUUCUGGGACACAGUUACGCUAUCCAACUUGCCACUUCCUCCUCCAGAAACUUCUGGUCAAGUCCUGGGUGGUCUGCUUCACAUGAUACAUUUUGUCACCAGAUAUUCAGUUCUUCGCUCUCAAAAGGUAGAGGAAGGUGACUGGAACGAUAUGCAACGAGAAAUACAUAUUGUAGCCGGGCUCGAACAAGAGGACCCCGAGCCAUGGUUCUCCUGGACAACACCUGUAACAAUUUUAUUGCUUUUAGGCUCAUUGCUCAAUACGCUUUAUCUAUUCACGACUAUUCGAACGUACCACCUUCACCUACGAGAAAAUAUGGUAGAUUCUCCGCGCGCAAAAAUGGUUCACAUGGACAUGACCAGUGCUGCCCGUGACAUGGAUACCCAGCCAACAUCCUCAUUGGUUUGGAGGGUUAUACGGGGCUUCGGAACUCAUAUAGCCUCCGCAUGGCGCCUAAUUUUAGGAUCCAGAAAAGCGACAGGAAAGAGUGCAGCCAACGUUCAACAGCUAGACGUAUGGAAUCCCGGUGAACUUGAAUUGUCGAUCUUUACUAUCUAUUCGCCUGCUCACGCUCUUCUCUGGAUGAUAUUUUCUUCGCAUACAUGGUUUGUUGCCCUCAUUCUCAUGGCAUUUAUCAGCGGGCAGAUAUUUGUGCUUACCCGCUCGUAUGAGGGCCUUCUCAAGGAUCGCCGAAUCCUCCAAGGUGAAGUAAUGCAUGAAUAUAACGAGAAGUUCGUAUAUCCACGUGUCAUGCCCGUACGAAAGGACGCUUGUGUUAUGACCCAUGAAGCAGAAAUGGUUAGCUGGCGUGACCGGUGA